GACCCUGUAGGAAAAAAUUAUACCCUUGAAAUAACUGAUGGUGAAACGCUUGCAAAUGAUAAAGUAAUGGAAUGUUUUGAUUCAUUAGAGUUAUUUGGAUGGUGGUUCAGGAAAGAAGGACCGACUAUAUACUUGUACUUCGAUAACAAAAUAAAUUCGAGAAAGGCAAAUAAUUGGGUGGAAUCAAAUCAUCCGGAUGUAAGGGUUUGGGAAAUAGAGAAAAGAAAAAGUUGGUCAUAA